AUGGCCACGAUCCACCUGCACCAAUUCCUGGACGACACCGCGAGCGCGAUGCCGACGCCGCCGCCGCUGUCGCCGCUCGAGUGGGGGCGCGAGUGCGGGGGCGGCGCCGGCGGCGGCGGCGGGGGCGAUAGUGUGGAGGAGUGGGCGGCCGCGGCCGCGGCGACGGUGCUGGGUGGCGUCGCGCCGCCUGCUCCGCUGCCGCUGCAGCAGCAGCAGUACCAGUAUCAGCCGCAGUACUGCCAGCCGCCGGCGCCCGCCGCCUGGCCGCCGCACGCGGCGCCGGCUGGGGGAGGGGGGCCGCUGCUCAAGCCGCCGCAGGCGGGGAUGGCGAUGGGCGCUAGCGGGCUCUCGUGCGCGCGGGGUGACCUGGGAAGCGCCUGCAGCAACGCGAGCACUGUAGUGGGCAUCGAGGUUGCGCCCUCUCUGGCGACCAUGUUCUGA